GGCGUACUCUUUCCGGUUAGGUUAAGUCGGUGUCUUCGUUGUUUGAAGGACGUUGGCUGUCGAAUUUGUGACUUUGGCAAAGAUUGACAUCAUGGCAGACGCAGAAAAUGAAGGCCAAUUCCAGUUCACUGGUAUUAAGAAGUAUUUCAACUCAUAUACUCUCACGGGUAGAAUGAAUUGUGUACUGGCCAUAUAUAUAGGCAUUGCUUUGCUGGUCUUAUGCUUUAAGUUAAGGUCUAAAAAGACUCCAACUGUGAAAGCAACAUAAAUGGAUUCUACGUAUUCUCUGAG